UAGUGCGUAAUUUUAACUCGAGAUGCGAGGAAUCAUUCAUUAGAAUUUCUAAAUCAAUAAAAAGUAUUUUUAAUUUUGAUUCCAAUAAAAAUUUUGUUGAUGUACUUGCAUUAAAUGCCAUGUGUUGAUUUUUUGCUUCGGAUUUUGUUUAGUUUUACAUUUUGUUUAAAUUGUUCUCUAUUGAAUAGAUUUAAAACAGACAGUAAAAUGAGACAAACGUCAAGCCAAUAUGUGGAAAUUACAGAUGAACCUUUAACAGGUUCAUUAGUUUCACUCGCAGAAGCAGUUAAUGAAGUCCUGCAAGAGCGUAUCAAAAAUUUAAGAAAGGAUAUUGAAUUCGUAAAAACUAUUCGAAGAUCAACUAGUUAUCAACUACUAGUUAAAGAAUCAGACCCAGCAUUGGCAGAAGUUAAUAAUGAUCUGAAAGAGCGUGUGGAAAAAAUACAAAUAGAAAUAGCAUCUAUAUGCAAAGUCGUUGAGGAUUUACGCAGUCAAGUAAAGACUGGGAGCAGAAAAUCUAAAACCAAUAAUACUUUUUUACCCAGUGUUGCGGUGUAAAAAUAUAUUUGUAGUACGUAAUUAUUUCAUUUUU